CUCACACCCAAACACACCAUUCAAUUGCAAGUUGCUAUGAAAGCAUAUAUAUAUGGGGUUUAGGAAGAAUAUCCAUGUGUUUGAGGUGGCGGAAUCAGGAUGAUCCUUGUUCCGGGAAAAGUUAAGUCAAACUUGAAGUGUCAUCAAUAUCCUUGUAUUGUAUACGGUAGUUGGCUCAUGGGCCGCUGCUAUCUCAGCCUACUUGACCUUCUCAAGAGGUGAUUCCGAACCCCAUUCGUCCUUACCGGACAAUCUACUGUGUCGCAGAGCAAUCGGCGAUUCGACUUCUGCCGCAUCAGCGUUUGCGGAUUCCAAUUCCCUUUCUUAACCCGAGCGACCUAUUCGUGGGGCUUACCAUCGAUAUCAGACGCAUUUUCUACGUCUAUUAAGAUACUCAAUUUUCACUCAUGUUUUAUUCUAGCCCACUUAACACCAUGAUGCUGGAAACCCUCAUCAUGAGUGCCAACUAUGCCACAGGUGUUGUUACACUCAUGGCGGUACUACUCGCCGUGUUAUACCAGAAACCCUCGGGUAGGAACUGUAUUCCGCUUCCACCUGGACCUCCCGCCCGUUGGUUCUGGAGCAACGCCUUACCUACUGUGAAUAUUGCCCAUGCGCUGACCAACUUGGUUCGAGAGUAUGGUCCGAUUGUGUCAUUGCGACAAGGUAACCAAGUGAUAGUUGUCAUUGGCAGUGUUGAGGCAGCUGCGGACAUCAUGGAGAAGGAAGGUGGAUCACUGGUAGAUCGACCUCGGUCCAUUGCCGCGGGUGAGAUACUCUCAAAGGGAAUGCGUAUUCUCAUGGCUCGUUCCGGAGAUCGCUUCCGGCGCCUCCGAAAAGCGGUACAUACCCAUCUACAGCCGAAGGUAGCAGAUGCAUACCAAGAUAUGCAGCGCGAAAACGCGAUUAUCUUCAUAUUAGAUAUGCUGAAUGAUCCAAAGAACCACCAGAAGCACGCACAGCGGUAUGCAGCAUCGGUCAUUCUUCGAGUGACUUAUGGGAAGUCUGUGUCCACUGCGAACACCGAUCCUGAAGUUGUCCGUAUUCACAGAGUCAUGGAGCAUUUCCAGGUUGUGAUGCGCCCAGGAGCUUAUCUCGUGGAUCGGGUGCCUCUUUUGCGCUACUGGCCUGGUUACGGAAAAGAACUUACUGAGUGGCAUCAUGAGGAACUAGAUCUAUACAGGCAUCAGCUACGGCGCGUUGAGAGUGAGGUGGAUCAAAACGAAGCUGGCCCCUCUUUCACCAAGACACUAUUGGAGAACGCCAAAGAACACCAACUCUCUAUAGACGAGAUGUCCUAUCUGGCCGGAUCACUCUUUGGGGCGGGCUCUGAUACGACCGCUGUUGCAAUCACCGUUGCUAUUAUGGCUGCAGCGUGCUACCCAGCGGCUCAGGCAAAGGUGCAUGAGGAGCUCGAUGUGGUCAUCGGGUCAGACAGAGCGCCGACAUUCAAAGACUCAAGCUCGCUCCCCCAAUUGCACGCGUUCUUAUUGGAAACCUUGAGAUGGAGACCUGUCAUUCGCAUAGGAUUUCCACACCGUGCAACGAAGGAUGUUUUUUGGCGAGGAUACUGCAUCCCCGAAGGCGCAACAGUCUAUGGGUGCCACUGGGCUAUUUCUCGCGAUCCUACUGUCUUCCCAAAUCCUGAAGUGUUCGAUCCCCAGCGCUGGCUUGAUUCAGAAGGUCGCCUUAUGGACAAUAUCAAAUUCAUCGCAUACGGCUUUGGUAGACGUGUGUGUCCCGGCCUGCACCUCGCAAACCACUCAUUGUACAUUAGCCUCGCACUUCUCUUGUGGUCUUUCCGCAUUACUCAACGACCUGAUGCCCCGAUCAACACGAAUGCCUUCCUGGACGCUGUUAUUGCCCGUGCAGCACCAUUUGAAAUCGAUGUCAUUCCCCGGAUCGAAGUUGCGAAGCUGAAAGAACUUAUGACCGAUGGGUGUAUAGAUUGA